ACAUGUUUUGUUGUUAUUUUUGUUUGGGUUUGCCUUUGCAUGCGUUAAGCCUCGAAUCUAGAAAAUAUUUAAAGAUUGAGAUUAAUUUCUUCAAUAUGGAUAUCCCUGAAAUUGUUCAUACUUUUAUUGAAAAUGACUGUGAAAUAAAAGUGCCAAUAACAAAACGAAUAAAACAUUACAAAAGUUUUGAUAUUUUUAUCUUUGAAUCGCUUUUCGUCUUUGUUUGUGAUGUCGAAACAACGAUGUUUGACUGCCCACGCAAAUUUAACCUUACCGACUUAAAAAACGUUUCGAUUUGCUUCAAUUCAAAGUCAUGGGAAUUUACUUGUACCCUUCCUUGUGAAGCAGAAUUAAAAAAAGGAACUAAAACUGAAGUAAAGACUUGUUUGUUCAAUCGCAUUACAGAUUCGUGUGUCCUCUUAGUAGAUGGGGAAGUUUGUGAAAUUGAAGCUGAUUUUCCCUAUGGGUUUUCUGCAUUCUACCGAGGUAAACCAAAAUUCGACGAGGAUGAUAUGUCGCAAAUUUGUCGUGUUACAGAUCCAAGUCGCUUAAGUCAUGUACAACGGACAAUUCAGCGUGAAAACGACGAAACAAAAGAUUUUUGCCCAGAUCAAUAUAAAUUGAAUUUCUUCAAGCUGCAAAUACCAGAAGGGCAUGAAGAUCCCAUGAGGUUUGAAAUCCCUUACGAUGAUAUCGAUCUAACGGAAGAUGAUAAAUGCAUUCUGGAACACAUAAGAGCUAAACACACUGAUUUCAGUCUCGAAAAAGACCAAAUGUUUAACAUUGACUGCGAUCUUGUGAGCGUGUUACUCGGAAUUUGCUAUGACAUAAGAUUUACAUCAAACGAUCCAACCUGUGUAAGUUCUUGGACGCGUACAAUUCUUUCGGCAACUCUUAGUUAUUUUGAGCGAUUUGAAGAUCUUAUAUACGUUGUUGAGAGUUUCAUUCGGCGUUCAUUGAUUUAUCCCCUUUGCCGAAAGUAUGAGCUAUCGCGUCUUUGUGUUGAAGAUGUAGUGAAAGCAUUACAGAAGGGGAAACCCUGGCUAUUGAAGCAGCUGUUAAUCACAUACAAUUGCUUUUGUGAAGCUGAAUUCAAUCGAAAGGCUUUGAAUAAAUAUUUUAUAAGACAUUUGAUUUGGUACGUGGAUAAAGUAAUGGAUGAUGAACAUUUUCAGAUGUUAUCUGAGAAUCUAGAUGUAUCACUUUCGGCCGUUACAAAGACUUGUUUAAGACUCGAAAUAGGGAAAAUCGAAUUUGAACUAUUAAGAGAACUCAUUUCUGAAAUUCAAUUGGAAAUGGCAACAGAUCUGGCCAUGGAGAGUAACGAGGAAUCAAGUGAAUCAGACUCAGAAGAGAGUAUAUCACAUAAUGAGGGGGGUUUUAUUUCAAUUGAUAGUGAGAGUGACUAAAAAUAUUUAUAACAAAAGGAUUAUAUUAUAUGUACUACGUGGAA